CUAAAACAAGUAAACAAAAUAGAAAAACGCACGCGCACAUGCACGUGGGGACAUCUAUGAGAAGAAAGACUAUAUAUUACAGAUUACUUAUGAUUACAAUUAUUAUAUUUAACAUGAUUGAACAAAGCUAAUAACAUUUAAAAUAUAUAAAUUCUAACUGGGUACGAUGAUGAGGUCAAAAAUUAAAUAAAAUGUCUACCAUUAACUUAAAAUAUCAUCCAGAUAUUGAAUCUGCUUAUGCUGCAAUUAGAAAGUAUGAACUGGAGACCACUUCUAAGUACAUAUUAUACUACAGAGAAGCUGGUUUCAAUCAGAAAGACUUGGAUAAUUUGGACAAGAAAAAAAUUUGGUGGGAUAACCAUAUCCCCUUUGAUGGUAUUCCGUAUUGCCUUUUGGGGUCUGAAGUGUGGGACUGUCAUCACGGGCCAGACAGACACGUGAAUGAUAAAAAGAAACUUGUUGCCAAAAAGGAUGAGAUGGAAGAAGAACAUCCAUACACCAAAAAUUCAAAGAAAAGGUUUUUAGUUCAGAGUACCAAGAAGAUGGACUGCAAGUCACAGAUCACUCUUAAAGCUGUUGUUAAGUUUCCUGACUUUAAGGCCUAA